AUGGAAGAACCGUAUGAAAAAGAAUUGUAUAACAUAUUCAAAAGUUUUGAUAGUGAUGAAAAUGAUGAAUUGGAUCAUAGGGGGGUGAACGCUCUUUGUGAAACAUUACAGUUGGAUUUUAGCCAACGUAAACAAUUAUGGUCAUUCUUGGAUCAGAACUCUAAUGUUUCAUUUGAACAAUUCCGUGAUGCUCUUGUUUAUUUGGCCAAUAAUGGCUCAAAAGAUGAAACUUAUUCUAGAGACAUCUCUCCAGUUAGAGAAAUAUCUCCAAAGUAUGUUUUCGGCGAAAAAAAAUAUGGGCGCCGAACAAAGCCUCGAGAAGAUAGUUUUAUAUUAAACCAAUCAGAUAUAAUUCAAGAUUUAAACAGCAGCAUACCAUUAUCUCCUCGAAAACUAGAAUAUGUUCACAUAAAUUCAGAGUUGAAAUCAGAUGAGGAAACACAGAAUAAAGACAUGUUAUCACAAUGUGAUGACAAACAUGAUUUGUUAAAAGAACGAUUAAUAAUGGACAAACAUAAUUUAAGUUUGGCAUGUGAACACAUGGGUAUUACUUCUAGUGGACUUAUAUCAAAAACUCAAUUAUUUGAUGUAAUCCAACAUUUUGAUUGCAAUGAAAAAUUAUUUGAGAAGAUAAACGAUAAAUAUUCCAAUGACAGAAUACCAAUUAAGGAAGUUCUUGAAUUAAUCAGUAAUCUAGAUUACCGGUCUGUCUCACCAAAUUCUGAAACUUCAACCUCAGGAGUCUCUUCUACAUCAUAUUAUCACAGAGAAGAUAAUUUACCAAACACAAUGAUGGUGAGUAUAAACACUAUUAUUGAGCUAUGGGAAAGCUGUGGUAUACCAGAGUCUGUUAACUUGUUACAAGAACUAGGAAUUGAUACAUCCCUAGAUUCUGUUUAUAUACCUGAUCUAGUUACAACUGUCAGUAAUCAACUCCACAAAGUUCGAAAUAAUUUUGUUGAUUCUUCAUUAACAGAAUAUGAUUCGAUUAAUACACCAUUUGUAUUGCUAAAAGCUCUAAGUUCGUUGAAUGAAUAUCAGGUUAAAUGGCUCAAAAUGAUUAUUGAGCAAAUGAAUUGCGAAAGGGAUAAAUUAAAGUAUGAUGUUGAUACUGCCAACAAUAGAGCAGUUAUGCUUGCGCAAGAAGUUGAUGAAAAUCAUAUGCGAUUAGAAAAAUCUUCGGCCAACAAAAUUGCUGCUCUGGAACAUAAACAUCAUGAAGAACGAAAAAUACUCAUUGAUCAAUGGGGUUCAGAAAAAGAUCAAUUACUUAACCAAAAUAUUUUGCUCAAUGAUAAAUUACAACAAGUACAAAAUUAUGAAAAUGAAUUACAAUCUGAACUUUUAAACAACAAAAAACAACUGAGUUUAUUAGAAACUGAAAAUAGUGCAUUAAAUGAACAAUUAGCUGAAAUAAAACAAAAAAAUGUUUCAUUAGAAGUUCAAGUUCAAGAAAUUCCACAAUUAAAACUUAAGGAACUAGAACUGGAAUCUAAUAAUGAACAAAUUAUUGAUCUCGUGCAAAAAAUUGAUUGUUUGAAAAAUGAAAAUAAAUGUCUUAGAGACCAAAAUGAUGAACUUGUUAUAGAACUUGAAGCAACUAAAAUGAUAGAAAAUGUGGGUAAUGAUAGAUCAUUUGAUAGUAAUGUGAGGAAUUUCUUGGCAGAAAAAAAUAGUCCUAACUGCUUUGGCAAAGUGAAAGAAUUUACUACCGAAUUUUCUAUUGAGGAAGGCGGUAGUGAUUGUACAAAUACAUUUGAAACAUAUACAAUUGAGUCUGACUUUGAUGCAUGGAAUAAAGUUGAAAAUUCACAAAAAUCAUACCACAAAUCCCCUCAGACAUCAUUAAUGCUUGUAAAUAAUAUAAAAACCACUCUAUCCUCUCAAUCACAAAUUGAAUCAUGUCAUUUAGACGAAUUAAUUGAUUAUUUGGAACAUAUGAAACAAAGACAAAAAUCGGAUCAUUCGCAACAGGUUGAACAAAAAGAAUCACUAGAAUCAAUGCAAGAAUCUCCAGAUUGUCUUAUGACUUCUUCACCUUUAAAUAAAUAUCCAACUAGGAGGUCAUUGAAUAAGCAAUUUGAAAAUUCAACAGAAACGGAAUUUAUGGAUUCUACUUUAAUAGAAGUAACAAAUGGUAGUGUUGAAAAAUUGAAACAAAUGUACAAUCAGUCUAAAUCAGAAAAUCAGGAGCUGCGUGACAAGUGUGAAAAGAUUGAAAAGUACUGGGAAUCUAGGUACAAUCAACUAUGUGAAGUAGCAGACAAAGCACUGGACGAGGCUAAGCGGUUGAAAGAUGAAGGUACUGAAUUAGAACGUGGUAUAGAUGCACUGCGCAAUGAAUACUUUGAGUGUGAAGAAUAUUGGUCGCUAAAAUUAGAAGAAGAGCGUAAACUAAACGAAUUGGAGAAAAAAGUUAGUGAAGAAAAAUUGAAUAAUCUAGAAGUCAAGAUUAAAGAGUACAGUGAUUUGUUAGAAGAAUCAACUGAUAAUAAAUUGCCUUCAAUCGAUGAAAACGCCGAACUUGAAGAACAAAUAAAUUGCAUUCAACAAGAAUUUUCCAGCUACUGUGUACAAAUCGAAAAAGAGAUGGAAAAGCUUAAAAUUGAAAAUGAAAGACUUAAAUCUCAAAUUGUAAUUCCAGCUGAAAAAGUUGACCGCGAAGUAGCUAACUGUCAAUUCAAAGAAGAAUGUGUGAAAUGCCUCGAAAAUGUAAAAAAAAAUGGUGAAUUUAAAAACAAGCAGUUUGACAUAAAAAAAAAUCGUGAAAAAUUAGGAAUGGAAUGCCGAAGUCUAUUGCAACGUAGGAGCGCACUUAAAAAUGAAAUUUUGCAAUUACAAGAAUAUCUUAAUGUGCUUUCAAAUAACCAUAAAGAGUUCUUUAUGCAAAAGGAAAUUAAUCAAGCCAAUCAGGUGUCUAUAGAUGCCAGGAGGUGCAAAGAACUAGAACAAAGGCUCCACGAUGAACAAGCACGACACCAAAAGUUGACUAACGCUAUAUGGAAUGAGCAUCAGUCAAAAAUUGAUAUGGUACACAAGUUAUUGCGAUCAUCGCAAGAUAAACUCGAAGAACAAAUUAAAAUGAGAAAUGAACAAAACAAACAACUCAUGAGCGCUGAUAUGAUUGUCAAAGAACUUUUCAUCGAAAAUGCCAAACUCAUGUCAAUGAUCCACAGCCUCCAAACACAAAUUGACCGUUCAUCAAAUUAUAAUUCGAUGUAA